CAUAAAAACUGAUUGGUCGAUCAUUUGUGGUUAUCAAAAUAAAAUUGUAUACCCAUUAAAGAGCAGUAUUUCAUCAAACUAUGAAAGAAAGGCGGAAAUUUUUUCGGCAAAAUUAAAACCACGAAAGUAGAAUUAUUCGUUUGAACUUAUAAUAAUCAAGUUUUGAUUGGUCAGUAAGCAACUUUUCUCCAAGAUGGAACUUGUUGAUACAUUUUACAACAAUCCAGAAUACAUAGAAACAGCUUCUGGGAAUAAAGUAAGUCGUUCAUCAGUACUAUGUGGAAGUCAGAACAUAGUGAUAAGUGGCAAGAGUAUAAUCAUGACUGACUGUGUUAUAAGAGGAGAUCUGGCCAAUGUUAGGAUUGGACGACACUGUGUUAUCAGUAGAAAAGCAGUGAUAAGACCACCGUUUAAAAAAUUUAGUAAAGGAGUUGCAUUUUUCCCUCUUCAUAUUGGGGACCAUGUGUUUAUAGAUGAAGGUUCUAUAGUGAAUGCUGCACAAGUUGGAUCACAAGUUCAUAUUGGCAAAAACUGUGUUAUUGGUAGAAGAUGUGUAUUGAAGGAUUGUUGUGCAAUAGCAGAUAAUACAGUUUUACCUCCAGAAACUGUAGUACCACCAUUUACUGUAUUUUCUGGCUCACCAGGAACAUUUACUAGUGAGCUGCCCGAGUGCACACAAGAUUUAAUGGUCGACUUUACAGUAAGUUACUAUCAACAUUUUAAACCAACUGGUAAAGGCAAAGGGAAGUAACUAACAGUAAAUAGGAAUUUUCAUUCAGAUUUAAAAGGAACACGACACAUGUGAAGGAAUUUUCAUUCACUCUGGAAACAAGUUUGAAUAUGAAAAAUGUGCUUUAUGUAUUGUGAAAACUGACCGGGAUAAGAUGCUGACAGUAUGCAGUGAUACAUGUAUAUGAUCACAAGUCUUUAGAAUGUUUUACAUUACAAGUGCAAUAUCAUGAUUUUUAACAUUAGUGCUGCCUUAUUUAUUUGUAGAUAUGUAAUGCAUUAAUUGGCUAUAUAUUACAUUAUAAUAGUAGUUAUAGUAAAACAUAAAUUUAUACCAUGGUGGUAGCUUUCUGCUGGAAGGGUUUAAAUUUUGCUUGUUUAUAAAUAAAAAUAGAUGAUCAUUAAAAUAGAUUUUUUCUUCAGGAGCAAACGAGUGUACUUAUUUCAUUUGCAAAAUUAACAACAAAAAAUCUCAUAUAGUCUUUAACUAUGUAAAUGUAUUGUUAGUUGAAUAUUUUUUAAGUUGCAUUAGUGGUAGACUUGUUGUUAUUCUAGCUGACCAAAUUAUAUGCCCUUAACCACAGUUUUUGUUGGAAUUCCAACACAUAUAUUAUGUGAGAAAGCUAUCAAGCUAGGUUUUGGGUUCUCCUAGAGUAAGAGUCUGGUUGUGUUUGAGUAUGUGUAUCAAGGAAUUUAUUUACAAAUACAGCUUGAAAGUAUUUUUGACUUUAAAUGCAGACACAGAAAAAAAAUCAUUUUCAACUCAAAUUAUCACUGUUUUUGAAAUUUUAAAACCUUAAUAUUCAAAUUUUCUUUAUUUUCCAAAAUCACUUUACUCUCGUGCUUUUCAGUCUAUGCUUGCCAAAUACAUUACUAAACAUUUCACAGAAAAAGAACCUAACAUGGGUUAUUUAAAGAGAUGAUAUUUCUUUAUUUAAUUAUUUCAUCUUUCUAAUGCUACAAAAUUGAACACUAAAUGUUGCAAUAUUGAAUGGAACACAACUUACAGUGACAAUGUGUUGUAAAAUGUUUCAAAUAUAAGAAAAUGUUAAAUGUUUUUGAUGGCAACUUCAGUGAUGUAUGUGUGAUUUAUGUUGUGUAAAUGCUUAUAUAAUAUUGGGGAAAAUAAAUGUUCUAAACCACAAG